AUGAAGGGACUCAGUGACUCUGACGUGGAGGCACAGGUCCAGGAGCUGAAGACCAUCACGCGGCUCCAGGAGCAAUGCCGGGCGCUGCAGGUGCAGGGCGUGAAGGAGAAGACGGCCCAGAAUAAGGCGACACUGGCGCUCCUGCGCAGCAGUAUCCGCCGCGGGGCCCAGGACUUGGCUCUGGCCAACAAGUACGACCAGGGCACCAUCGCCAAGGCCUGCGGGAAGGACGUGCCCUCCAGGCUGGCGCACGGCCGCAACACCAUGGAGGUGGCGCGCGAGAAGCUGCGCAAGUACAUCUUCGACCGCGUGAACGCGCACAACGUGCUCAUCCACCUGGUGCGGCGGCGCGGCCAGAGGCUGGAGUGCAUGCAGCUGGAGCUGGCGCGCCUGCGCAGUCAGCCCGACGCCACCAAGGAGGAGCUGCGGCUGCUGCAGGUCAUCCGCCAGCUGGAGAACAACAUCGAGAAGACGAUGGUCAAGAUCACCACGAGCCAGAACAUCCGCCUGCUGUACGUGGACCUGCUGGACCACCUGAAGGCGGUGCUGGCAGGGUACCCCGUGGAGCUAGAUAAGCUGCAGAACCUGGUGGUGGACUACUGCUCGGAGCUGUCGGACAUGACGGUCAUGUCCCAGGACGCCAUGAUGAUCACCGAUGAGGUCAAGAGGAACAUGAGGCAAGGGGAGGCCAGCUUCAUCGAGGAGCGCAGGGCGCGGGAGAACCGGCUGAGCCAGCAGAAGAAGCUCAUUGACAAGAUUCACACCAAGGAGACCAGCGAGAAGCUCCGCCGGGGCCAGAGGGACUUGGACUUCCCAUCCAACCUGAUGGCCAUGGAAACCCAGAAAGUGAGGAGAAAAGAGACCUCCAUGGCCGACAUAGAGUACCAGUCGGAGGUCAUUGCGCUGGUGGACAGGGUGAAGUCGGCUGUGCAGUGCUCUCACCUCUGGGACAUCGCGGGCCGGUUCCUGUCUCAGAACAACACCGAGGAGAACCUGGGGGUGCAGAUGCAGGACUGCGAGGGGCGGCGGACGCAGCUGGAGGCCCUGAUGAAGAAGCUGGAACUCGAGGAGGCCCUGCUCAAGUUCCACCAGACCCCCAGCUCCGUCAGCUUCAACUCCAUCGAGAAGAGGUUGAUGGACACGCUGAGGGCUGAGGAGGAGCGGCUGCGGCUGGCUCACAGGAGCGUGGCCAAGAGCCAGAAGCUGCUGCUGACCCUCCAGACCGGCAUCGACAACCUCUACAUCCGGCUCAUCGGCGUCGCCCUGCCAGCUGCACAGGAGGAAGCAGCACCCCCCGACACCCUGGACGUGUACUCCAAGCUGGCCUUCUGCGAGCGGAAGCUCACGUACCUAGCUGACAAAGUGCAGGCGCUGUCCAGGACUGAGGAGGUGGACACGAAGGUGAGGGAGGCGCUGGAGUCCUCGACCCUCAAGGAGAAGCGCAACACCCGGAUCAGCUUUGAGGACCUGGAGGAUAUGAUAGACACCUUCCAGUUCGCGGACAUGGACCACAGCUACGUGCCGUCGCGGGCCGACAUCAAGAAGCAGGCGCAGGGGCUGAUCGAAGCGAAGUUCAAGUCGGCCAAGAAGAAGAAGAAGUAGCCCCGCCCGCCCCAGCCCGCGCUUUCGUACUCGAAUAAACAUUU